AUGGCAAAUAUUUUGGGAAAUAUCGGCAAUAUCUAUCGAAUAAAAGGCGAUUAUGAUAGUGCCUUGUCCUAUCAAAUACAAUGUCUUCAUAUACGAGAACACAAUCUACCCAGUGUUCACAAGGAAAUUGCUAAAGCAUUAACUAAUAUUGCAGUGAUAUACAGUGAUAAAGAUGAAUUGAAUAAAUCUUUAGAGUAUCAUCAAAGAAGUCUAAAAAUGAAUGAGCAAUGUCUUCCUGCUGAACAUGAGAAUAUCGCAUCAAGUUUAAAUCAUGUUGCCAAUGCUCUAAAUAAUCAAGGAAAAUUUGAUGAUGCACUCAACUAUUAUAUGCGUGCUCUCAACAUCAGAAAAAAAACUUUUCCCAAUGGACAUCCAAAUAUUGCUGCAAAUCUCAGCUCUAUUGGACAAACAUAUUAUUUCAAAAAAGAAUAUGAUUGCGCAUUUCAAUAUCUGAAAGAGUCUCUAGACAUGAGAGAAGCUUUACUACCUAAUGUCAAUGAUACGAAUUUAAUUGAUAUUUUCAAAUAUCUUGGCUUAAUAUUGAUUAAACUGCAUCGAUGCUGUGAUGCACUGAUUUACUAUCAACGUGCUUUGAAAAUCAGUGAAACUAUAUAUCCUGAUGGGCAUAGCACUAUUACGGAUUGUUUGACUAAUAUUGGCAUUGCUUAUUGUGAUAUGAAUGAUUAUAGUCACGCACUCAAAUAUUUCGAAAAUGCUCUUGAAAAUGAAACACGAGAUACUACAAAAUCGAAUCUCAUUCAAUUAGCUCGUAUUUAUGAUAACAUGGGUAUAUGUCAGUGCCGUCAAGGCGAUGAGACAACUGGAUUAAAACAUCGCAUGAAAGCUGUCAGAAUAAUUGAUCAAGUUCAUCCUCGUAUGCAGUAUGCCGAUUGGAUAGAUACAAUUGGCAAUAUCUUUUUCGACAAAGAUUUAUUUGAUGCUGCUCUAGAAUGCUAUUUGAUAAGUUUGAGUAUGAAGGCAGAGUGUCUACCAUCAGAUCACACCAACGUUGCAGAAAGUUUUAUGCGAAUUGGUGAUGUUUUUGCCGAGAAGAACAAAAUAACAAGUAAUGAAGAAUAUUGUGCCAAGGCUCUAGAUUACUAUAAAAAGGCAUUGAUUAUUUAUCAAAACUGCGAGCAUUCAAAUGUCGCCUAUGUUUUGAAUAGCAUUGGUUCUAUAUAUGAAAACCUCCAUGAGUAUCCUCUUGCACUUCAGUAUUAUAGGGAAGGAUGUACAAUGUAUCAAAAAUAUUAUCCAUCUGAAGAAACGAUCCGACAAAUCAACGAAAACAAUAUCUCCCGGAUCCAGGGAUUGAUGACCUAAUUCGACCGCUUAUUCAUAAACAUUGAUAAAUGCACUUCUCUCAGAGCGCUUCACAGUAUGCAUAAUCAACAAUGAAAUGUAUAUUUUUUUAAACGAGGAAUGUGGAUGUAGGUAAACGAAAAAACCGCACCUACGUCAAUGCCGACAUCCACAGCCGGUGUAGUACGCGACUAACAGUCUUCGAUAAAACGUGCUCAAGUAUGUUUUUUUUUUCAUUGAAAAGAAAGAAAUUGUUACUUUUUUUUUGUAUUUCGACUCGAAUUCAAGUGAUCACACAUGGUCAACAACAAUGAAAAAUGCUUGCUUGAUUAGUUUUUUUUUCUUUGUGCUUCUUUUGUACAUUCAAUUAACCUUUUUCCACUAAAAAAUCUCUUUUCCAAUAGAGUGAAUUCUUUUAAAGAAGUAUCCAGAAAAAAAAUUGUAUUUAUCAUUUGCUUGUUUUUUUUUAUGUAUAACCUUCUUUCGGUACUUUUUUCUUUCGGUAAUUUUCAUAAUUGUAAUUGUAUUGUAUUUGUUCCCCUCGCAAUGCCCGUAUUCCAUUAAAUGCUUGACAUUCUUUAUUUUUAUUUUUGACUAUCUAUUUAUUAUUUCACUUAAGGAAUCACAAGAAGAAAGGCUUUAUACGCAAAACUGUAGAUUGUUUUUCUUUCUUUUUGAAGAAAGAAACAAAUGAAUACUUAUAUACUGAAAAUGAAAAAUUAGCAUAAGUAUAUUAAUAUAGAUAAUGGCAUUAUAUUUUUGUUAUAUAAUUGCCAUUUUUGUUACUCAUUGUUAACAUUAGAGCAGCAUCGAAAUAGAAUGAAAAUGAGAAUAAUCAGUAGAAUAAUUCCUGCGUAUCCUAAUCUUUGACGAUAGCAAAGUAAUGGAGAUUCAAUAGCUGUUAUUCGUCAAUUCAUAUUUUGUCUAUUCAAUUCAGUGUUAUCUAAACGAGUACGAGUGUUUUCAUGCGUGAGACGAAUCGUUUCUACUGUAUUUUUUAAAGAUUCUAAUUGUUGUCUAAUUUCAUUGACUUGGUCACAAAGUGCAUUACUAACAAGGCUUUGCUCUCUCCUAGCCGUCUGGAGUUCGGGUGUUUGUCGUGUCUCAUUCGUACGAAACUGAUUUUCGAUUGUACACAAAUUGGCACGCAUUCUCUCAUGUUCUUCUUGCAAAAUUCUCAAUUUAUAACCAUGUUCAACCGUCAACUUUGAUGUUUCACUAACUCUUGCAGACAUUGCAGAUACAUUGUUUGUCUCGAAAAGUUUAAGAAUAUCUUCGUACUUCUUAUUCUGUUGUUGUAUCCUAUUUAGUUCGGCGUUCUGCUUGUUCUUAAAGUUGUUGAGUUUGUCAAACUGUUCACUCACACAAUUGACAAAGUGCUGUUCUCUUUGUGAUUGUUUCAUUGUUUGUUGACAUAAUUCACACUUAAUAUCAGUAGUAACACAGUCAGGCUGACGUUGUUCAAAUUCUUUAACAGUACGUACUGGAUCAAAGUUAGUACAUGAUAGAGAUCGAUAUUCACAUUCGUUAUUCUCAUGUUGUUCUAAAGAUUCAUAACGUAAUACUUUCUGACAACUAAAUAUUUGAUAUCGACAACGAAUACGAAUACGUGAUGGAUGAGUAUGCAGUUGUUGUGAACAUCCUUUUUCUUCGUAUUGACAAUUAAAUGGACACAGAAUUACGAGAUUUCGAUCUUGAGUUUUGUAAAUAUUGACCAAUACACAACUUGCAAAAUGCACUCUCGCAUUUUUUACAUACACGCGGUUUCCACAAUGAACAUUUACAAAUGUGACAAAAACACCAUUCAGGUACAUUUGGAUCGACGAUUCGAUCAAGACCGAUAGACAUUGAGAUAAUUUCCGAUUUUUUUAAAAUUUACCUAUCGAGUAGUUGAGUUUUUUCUCGAGUUUCUGAUAAUCUAUUAUACAAGAUGAAAAACUUUUUGUUUUUAAGGGAAUUUGUCAAAACAUGGCAAAAAAAAUCGGAAUUGUUUUUAUUAGUAUCAUAUAAUGAAAAAGAAAGGUGCGGUCAAUCCGAACUGGGCACCAGUGUCGACUAUAUUUCGGAUUGUUGAUUUCUGGUCUUGUAAGGAAGCAAUGUUUGAAAACCAGCAGAACAGCAGAGAAUAUAGUCAUACUACCACGCACCUGGAUAUAGCGAAGCUAUUUCUAAUCAAGUGAAAUUUAUGGUGAUUUUUUUAUUCUCCUCUUAUCAGAGGGUGAAUAUAACUGUUAAAGAAUAGAAAAGGAGUAUAUGUAACUAUACAAUACUGAAUUUUUACUUCCUUUCACUUUCGAUGAUUAAUAUCAUUCAGA